GACAGGCUGGUGACAAGUGGCCUCAGGAUGUGCCAGGGAGCAGACACCUCCUGCAGGACCCGAGCAGCAGGAUCUGAGCACUAACCUCCAGCUACACACAGACCCACACAGGCAGCUCCUAGGACACAGCAGCUACGAUGCCAGAUUCGCCGGCCGACGUGAAGACGCGGACAACCCCACCCAAUAUGCCCCCACCUUCACCUGCCCUUAGCCAAGGCGCCAAUCGCAGCUUCUCAUUUACGCCGAGCACAAUAAUGAACGGGAGCAGUCACUCCCCCACUGCCAUAAACGGAGCCCCUUCUACCCCCAAUGGUUUCAGCAAUGGACCCUCAGCCUCGUCCUCGGCCGCGCUAACCAAUCAGCAGCUUCCGCCUGCAUGCGGCGCGAGGCAGCUCAGCAAACUCAAGCGUUUCCUGACCACGUUGCAACAGUUUGGCAGCGACAUCUCUCCGGAGAUUGGGGAGCGUGUGCGGACGCUGGUUCUUGGUCUUGUGAAUUCCACAUUGACCAUCGAGGAGUUCCACUCCAAGUUGCAGGAAGCCACCAACUUCCCACUUCGUCCAUUUGUCAUCCCCUUCUUAAAGGCUAACCUGCCCUUACUCCAGCGAGAGCUUCUACAUUGCGCACGUUUGGCGAAGCAGAGUCCAGCUCAGUACUUGGCACAGCAUGAGCAGCUGCUUCUUGACGCCAGUUCAUCCAACUCUCCCAGUGACUCCUCGGAUCUUCUAAUGGAGGUGAACGAGAACGGCAAACGCCGGACACCUGACAGGACCAAAGAAAGUGCACAGGAAGGCCUCCACCCAGAGCAUCUCACCAAACGACCAUGCACCACCAGCCCCGCACAGAGAUACAGCCCCAGCAACGGGCUCCCACACCCACCCACAAACGGACUGCCGCACCCCACUCCACCACCCACCCAGCAUUACCGCCUAGAGGACAUGGUGCUGGCUCAUCACUACAGACAUGCAGACCCACGGGAGCUUAGAGAGCGCCACCGGCAGGCAGCUGUUCAUGAAGUUAUUGAUCACCGACUGACAGAGCGGGAAUGGGCAGAGGAAUGGAAACAUCUCAACAACCUCUUGAACUGCAUAAUGGACAUGGUGGAGAAGACGAGGCGUUCGCUGACCGUCCUUCGCCGCUGCCAAGAAGCCGACCGUGAGGAGCUUAACCACUGGAUACGGCGAUACAGUGAUGCGGAGGACAUGAAAAAGACACAGACCGCCAGACACCAAAGUAGCUCUGUGAGCACAGAGCCGUCCCCCACAGAGCCUCCCCGAGACUUCUUGCACAGACCACCAGCUGGGUACAUGCCAGAAGAGAUUUGGAGGAAGGCCGAGGAGGCGGUGAACGAAGUCAAGCGCCAGGCUAUGUCCGAGCUGCAGAAAGCCGUGUCAGAGGCAGAGAGGAAGGCACACGACCUUAUAACGCUGGAGCGGGCCAAGAUGGAGCGGGCCCUUGCAGAAGCAAAGCGCCAGGCGUCAGAAGACGCGGUGACUGUCAUCAACCAACAGGAGGACUCAAGUGAGAGCUGCUGGAACUGCGGACGAAAAGCAAGCGAGACCUGCAGCGGAUGUAACACAGCUCGGUACUGCGGUUCCUUCUGCCAACACAAAGACUGGGAGAAGCACCACCACGUAUGCGGCCAGUCCCUGCACACACCUAGCGCACCUCCAGCAUCUACUACUCCGGCCACCCCAUUAGCCAGUCCGACCGCAAGCAGCUCUGCCUCUCGCUCCGGGACUCCCGCUACCCCGCUUCUCCUUGAUAGUGCUUCACGCUAACACAGACGAUUAAAAAGGAUAAACAAAGGAGGACCAUGACCAGCCACUUCUACUCCCACCCACAUCUAGCUGUACCUGUCUGGUUUAUACAAUAGGGAAUGGGAGGCACGUCAAGACCCACCAAUGUCUCCUGCCCCCUGUUGUGUCUUCAGCUGGGUGGGUUUUGAAACCCACAGGGGUUUGGAUUUAAUUUAGGAAUGAAAAAGGCCCCACAGUGUGGUGGGGGUGGUGAUGGGAGAACGUCUAGCUGAAGCCAAAACCCUUGUGAAGGGUGUAUGUCCUCAAAAGACAAGUUGGUGGGUCACGUAUUUUAUUUAUACACGUUUUGAACUCUUUGGCUUUAAAAAAAAAAUUAUAAUCCAAAAAAACAAAGAAAAACACAAGUAUACAAAUGAAACUACCUUGCUAGUCAGCCAAGAAAUGUCCAGUACCAAGAACACCUCUAAAUAGAAUCCAAAUAAAGAAGAAAAAUGAAUAACAUAAUCCAAACAUUACCAGCCCCGUCUGUCCUGAUGAGAGACAUGGAAGGGGCUCUGGGGAUGGUGGACACACUGUGCAUGUUGGGAGCUUGGAACAUGGAGGAAGAGAAGCUGAAGGAGGACCUUUUCUUCAGAGAUUGCUUCGCGUUCCCUUCGGCCUCUACCUCUCCUACAGCAGAUCCUCUAUGUUGCUCUGGUCUGCAGAGAACGCGCUCCCCGCUACCUUACUGGAUUGCACCAGAAGGAAUUAAAAGGACAACUACAGACACCUCUUCUUCACAGACAGUCUAUGAGACCUGGAAAUCCACGUCUCGGUUUUAAAUCCCAGCUUUACUCCCCUCGGCCUCUCUACGGUGAAGCACUGAUAUGGAGGGAGGAUAUGCGGAGGAAGAUCCUUUGUGGGAGAUUUAAUGGGCAACCACAAACCACCUCAUCAUUUAGGCAAUGGUGGAAGACGAAACCAGGCGCCUCCUGGCUACAAGACUUUAGUCCACUGUUGGGGAAGACUGUACAGUUUUUUUUUAUUUUCUAUUUAUAAAAGCAUACAGAAUAAUUCCCGUGUAGGGGACAUGAGUGCAAUAUGAAAAGUGCAAGGCUACUGACUGGUUGCGGUGGGGAGAAACUAGAACUAUAGAAUACGUAAGGACAGGGAGAGGGGAAGCUCAGAAUUUCUACAAUACAGAACCAAACCACAGAUUUACAUUCUGUAACAUUAUCUCCAGACGAUCCAAAAAAACAUGAUACCUUGGAAUGCACCACAUAGCAGCAAGCGAACGCAGCCGCUAUGAAUCCUGGUGUGAUAUAGCACUUGAUAUAUCCGGGAAGGAACAUGUGAUCUUCUAAUGCGUUAAGGUGUCUCCCCAUCUUUGGGAUAUUUAGCAUAGGAAAUAAAGUGGCCGGUUGUGUCUCCUGGUUUACCGCGGCACAUUAAGGUGUUUUACUACCGUA